AGGCACCGAUGGUCUUGGAGCUCGACAGAACGGACAGUGAGGUUACGCACAGAACUUGAGCGCGCAGCCCUCAUCGAUCCGGACUAGUUUAGCUGGAAAAAAAGAAACAAAAGUUUGAAUCAUAGUUAAUAUUUUUUUUUCUUCUUCUCAUCUGAUCCUGAGCGGCAUCUGCGAGAAUCUGCACACAAGACAGGAUGUCGGAUCUUCCCGUGAAUGACCACCUAGAAGGGAUUUUAUCAGAUUUUGAAGCACUGAAGAGAUCUUUCGACGCUGAAGAUGUGGAUGACAUACCAUCUUUCUCCCCUGCCUCCCCCGUCUCCACCCCCAUAUCCCCCUCUUCCUGCCAUUACUUCCUCAACAAAGCUGGUGAGGAGCAGGGAGGGGGCAGCCAGUCUCCUACUUUUGCCUUCAAUAACAACAACAACAGCCUGGGCUCUGCAGCCCACUCCCAUAGCCGCCUGAGUUCCAAUGUCCUCCCGGCGCUCAAGUCUCGUCCUGUACUCGGCAGCCUGUCUUUUAACCGAGGAAGCAUUAACAAGCCAGUCAUUCACAACAAUGGCUCCUCAGUGACCAGAGCUGCUUCCUUUCAGAGUAGGCUAAAUCCCAACAAUUGCUCCGUGUUGUCUGGUCCAGGGAGUGACUACGACAGCCUUCACAGUUCCACAUCCAGCUUGGAGUGCUCUGUCGGGGGGGUAUAUACCCUGCCUCUUGCCAAACCAAAGUCAUAUCACAGCCCUCAGCCUCAGGGGGAGUACCAUGGAACCCAGCCCCAACUCCCACAACAUAACCAAGAAGCAAAACUGAAGAAGUUCUCCUCCCAUGGGAGUGUUUUCAACUCUGAGAUUAACCAAAAGCAGGGGAUGAUGGGUGUCCGGGAGCCUCGUGGGGUGAACCAUGGGUCCAUGUCCAUUCUCGACUUCCAAAGUCCUGAUGAAAGAGUAGGAAUAUCGAGUAUGCAAAGAGGUGGCAGUGAAGGCAGGAUGGCUCCAGGUGUGAAGUAUGUUGAUGCUAACGCAAACUGGAAUGGCCAUCUUAAUAAUGCCAGUUCAUUUGGGGAGGUGGGCUACAGCAAAACACAUUGCCAAGAGCAAGGGCCAAGGAUCCUCAAGUCUCCCCAGCCCCAGCCCAAGGCCAAAGAAACUCCACGUCUCAACAAGUUUCCCCUGGAUCUAGACAACUUGGUAAGCAGCACCUCAACCACUUUCCCCACCGAGGCUAGAGGAGGAUCCAUGAAACCCACUCCCCCAAAGCCUCCUCCAAGAAGCUCAGGAAGCCUCCAUCACCACAUUGGCCCUCCAUCCAGCGCAGCAAGCCCUUCAGCAUCUCUCAGCAGCCUUGACAGUUCUUCCGACACACCCUCCCACCCCUACCCCCAAUCCUUUGUACAGUACUCCCGAUCUUCUCCAACUCACUCACAAGGCUCCAUCUCCAUCUCAGACAUGCGUUGUUCCGUUGUACCCCUUUCUCCAUCCCAGAACGUCCAGUUGGAUAUUCUGCCGGGGCCCCAAGUUGUCCAGGUGGGCCCCAGCCUGCCUAGCCCUUCGAGCUCUUCCAGCGCCUCCAGCCCGAGAGCUGUUGGAUCUUUGGAAGAGGGCAUAGGCGAUGCCAGAGAUAGCGUAAGCUUAAUCUUACAGAGGAUUGCCUCUUUCUCUUCACCCGGCGUCGCUGAUAGCAACCCAGCAAGCGUUGCGCAAUACCCCACCGUCCAGAGCAACGGUGGGUUGUCAGACCACGCCCAGACCACGCCCAGGCCUGCAAGGAGACAGGAGAAGAAGCAACAGGAGGAAACUGCUAGAGAGUUGGAGACUGACCUUUUCACCCCAAUGGAGGAGAGAGGGGAGAAGGAGGGAGGUGUCAUCAGGCAAGAGAAAGAGGAUGAUGGCAAGAGCGACGGACAGCGAAGCGCCCAGACUCCCGUGGCAGAGAAGGAGGGGGACAGUGUGGAGAUUUACAAAGAGCUGGGGGAGAACGAAAAGGGAAUGGAGACGGAGGAGAUGAAGAAGGAGAUGGAGCUGGAGGCCGAGGUUAAGAUGGAGCUUUGCCCGCCUGUGCCGGGCACGCAGAUGAGCUACAUCCGGGGCACGGACCUGCUGGGGUACGUGGGCAUCGAGGCGGUGCUGGACCAGAUGAGGCGCAAGACCAUGAAGGCUGGGUUUGAGUUUAACAUCAUGGUGGUUGGUCAAAGUGGUUUGGGGAAGUCCACGCUGGUCAACACUCUUUUCAAGUCCAAGAUAAGCCCGAAGUCCUGCACGCCCAACUAUGAAGAGAAGAUCUCCAAAACAGUCAAAUUGCAUUCAGUCAGCCAUGUGAUUGAAGAAAAGGGGGUGAAGAUGAAGCUGACGGUGACUGACACUCCGGGAUUCGGAGACCAGAUCAACAAUGAGAACUGUUGGGAGCCCAUAGUGAAAUACGUCAACGAGCAGUAUGAGAAAUACCUGAGAGAAGAGCUGCAUGUCAACCGCAAGAGGAGAAUACCUGACAGCAGGGUCCACUGCUGCAUCUACUUCCUCCCUGCUACUGGACACAGGUUACGUCCCAUCGACGUCGAGUUCAUGAAAAGGUUGGGGAAGAUCGUGAGCAUUGUGCCCGUCAUCGCCAAAGCGGACACACUCACCAUCGAGGAAAGACAGGAGUUCAAAGAGAGGAUAAGGCAAGACUUGGCGGCCAACGGGAUUCGUGUCUACCCCCAGAAAGAGUACGACGAGGAUCCGGAAGAACGCAUCCUCAAUGACAGGAUCCGGGAGAGCAUUCCCUUCGCUGUGGUGGGAACUGACAAGGAGCACCAGGUGAAUGGAAACAAGGUGCUCGGACGCAAAACAAAGUGGGGAAUUAUUGAAGUUGAAAAUGUGGCACACUGUGAGUUUGCACACCUGAGAGAUCUACUCAUCAGGUCUCACCUUCAGGACCUAAAGGACGUGACACACAACAUCCACUAUGAGACCUACCGCGUGCGACGACUCAACGAGAGCAACAUAAACUUCAGCGAGCUGGGGCCGUCCACCUGGCCGCUGGAGAACGGAACUGACAAAUGCGAUUCAGAGAGCCAACUUUAAGCUCUCUCGUCGCGUUAAGACGGGAGGAGUGCUUGAUGUUCAGAACGAACGGGGAGGGGUGGGACAGGAGGGGAGGUGGGGUGGGGUGGGGGGGUUACUUUUCCCACUUAAAACAAGAUGGAGAAAUUGUAUUUUUCUUGUUUUUUCUUCUUCUUUUUUUUUAAUUAUGGGACCAAGUAGUGAAUUGUUUAUCAGUGAAAUUCUAUCUGUUUUACAUAAGACAUAUGAAAUGCAUAAAAAGAAAAAAAUAAUAAUAAUAAAAUGUGUGUGUUUUUGAAUGUGAGGUCACAUUCUGGAAGGAUGGCGGCGUGCAGAGAGCCAGGGGGUCGGGGGUCGGGGGGUCGGGGGGUCGGGGGGUCAGGGGGCGAGAGCAGGACAGUACGAUGUGGCGCAGCGAGAGAGGAAGCGUGAGCAUAGCUCUCGAAAAUGUGUAUAUAGUCAGCCCACGCCUUAACAUUCACGAUCAGUGUUGGAUCACGUUCAACCUCUUGUGGCUCAGUGGGAGGAAAUCCCUGCAGCCGCGACACAAAAAUCUGGCGGACAGACUCAAACCAGAGGAUGUAGACCGAUGUCCAAGUUUGUCGUGACCAGAUUCUUUUUACCAGCGUCCACAGACGAGUCGAUAUAGCAACGGAUGUUUUUGUUGCUCAGGUCAAAUGUGUUUAAAUGUCAUUCUAAUAAUAACAAUAGUAAUAAUAAUAAUAAAAAAAAACAUAAUGAUGUUGUUUGAUUUGAUGAUUUGAUGUGAAAACAAGUUGCAGCACCUAAAUGCUGCCGUGCCAAGUGCUUGCCUGUUCAUUCUGACCGUCUGUUAUCUGAAAAGUUCUGAUUCGGAUGGAAGUACGCAAAUCUUGGAAAAGUUUUGUCGUCCAGCCUGCUUUGGUUUUGUCGUGGAUUGGGCAAUUUUUUUUUUAUUUUUUAUUUUUUUAAAGAGACCGCUGCCCUUAUUUUCACAAAUGUGAUCUAAGUUAAUGAUAGAUUUGACUGACCGUAGGGAAUAUAAACUAAAAGAAUAAACCAUAGGAGCUCGGAGGGCAUGUGUAUCGACUGUUUUCGUCGUGCUGACUUUCAGCAUUUACUAACCACUUUUUUUCUAUUUUUUUUUUUUCAUGUCCACACUGGAUAGAACUGAUGCUGUUGAUGUGUUGAAUGUGCUUAGCCUGCGAUCAAUGUUUGAGAUACUCUUUAAAACGCUUGCAGUCCACAUUAAAGUGCCAAAACAACAGGA